CCAGGAGUGGCGGCUCAGGAGCUGCAGGUGAUUCAGCCUGAGACGUCAGUGUCGGUCGCGGCUGGAGAGACGGCCACUCUGCACUGCACCGUGACCUCACUGGUCCCUGUGGGGCCCAUCAGGUGGUUCAGGGGCACAGGGCCAGGCCGGGAGUUCAUCUAUGACUUGAAGAAAAGCCACUCCUCCCGAGUAACAAAUGCUUCAGACUUCACAAGGAGAGACAACCCGGACUUUUCCAUCCGCAUCAGUAACAUCACCCCGGCAGACGCCGGUGCCUACUACUGUGUGAAGUUCCAGAGAGGAUUACCUGGUGACACGGAGUAUAAGUCUGGACCAGGCACUCGGCUCACUGUGAGUGGGUACCACCCUCAGUCUCUGCUGCCUGUUUCCCCCCCUGCGGGGCCCAGCCUAAGAGAAGACCCAGCUGGGAUCUUCCACGACUCUGCUCCAAAUGGCUCUCCUCCACGGAGACUUGCCUGCCCCCACACUCCUAAGAUCUUCUCACAGUCCUCGAGGCCCCCAGAGCUGCAUCGUCAUACAUCACUCAGCAUGUGUCUCACCUGGAUGGAGAACUGCCGUGCGUUCCAGGGAGAGAAGCAGCCCACGCCGAAGCAGAACAGUGAUGGGACCUACACCCCGGAAAGCUUGCAGCUGGUGAACGCCUCGGUGCAGGGGUCCGAGCGUGUGCUCACCUGUCCAGCGACGCCUGCCCUUAUCUCUGUAGCUUUCCUCCUGGGUUUCAAAGUGCUGCUGGUGAUCGGUUUCAUGGUCUUACAUGUGCAGGUGGCAGAACCUGUAACAGGUGAGUUGAUGGCAGCCUUAGUCCUUAGGGAGGGAGAUCAGGGCCCCUUUCCUGGGCUGGCAAGAGGAGUCCAGAGUGAGCGCACAAAGUCACACCGAUGAUCCAGCCUCAA